AUGCGUUGCUUCCAGGGCUAUUUAUCUCAGAAUUGUUUGUUUCCCGAUCGUCUAGUCACUGUCCCUUUUGUAUGUUUAUACAUAUGGACCAAUCAAUUAAACUGAAUCAAUGUUGUUCUCCGUCAUCGAUGCAAAACAAGCUAAUCAAUGGAGUUCAAAUGAAAGCAAAUCGUAUAGUAGAUUGUGAUUAUUGUCAUUUACCAUGUAUCACUCAAAAACAUAAUAAAUCUCUAGACAUCGCUUCACUAAAUUCUACCAAAGAACCAUGUUCAAUAAGAAAUUCAAUUUAUGUACCUGAAAAUCGACAAACUAUUAUGGGAUCAUUUUGUCGACAAAUAACCUCGUCCAUUAUUCCUUCUUCAGAUCCGAUUUUAUCUUAUUGUAAACCAAUAGAUUUAAAUUUGACUUCAAAUAAUAAUUAUAUUGCAUCAAUGCCAUCGAUGUUUCAACCGUUACCUUUUUUACUACAGUCGACUUCGUCUUCAGUGAUACCAGUUUCAUCGUCAUCAACCUUAUCGUCCAGUUUAUCAUCUUUUCAUAGUCCGUAUAAUUUACCAUCGUCUGUUUAUCCGUCCGUACCAUUUUCUAACCAUCUAUGUCCUUCAUACUGUUCUUUCUCAUCUCAUAGUUUGAAACCUAUUCCAAGCGUUAAACCUUAUUUAUCCUCUAAUCAUACAUAUUUAGAAUCAUCUAGGAUUAUACUGGAUAAUGUCAAUAGCAAAUCAUUUAAUCAAUCGACUACAUUCAAUGCCCCCAGUACGACAAUAACAACUGCGACUAUGAAUGCCGCUGCUAUAAUUACAAAUACAACAGAAGAUUGUGCUUAUCAUCAAUCCGAGCAAUUAAAUUCAACUAUAUUACAUCAUGCAUCCGGUGAUAACUUAUCUAAUCAAGACAGUAAAUCCUCUUUCUUAUAUCCACCUGUUUUCAAUUUCUCCUCUCCUAAAAUUUCUGCCAUCGUUGAAAAUAUUAGUGAUAAUAAUAACUCCUUAACUAAUUCAGUUACUGAUCAAUUCCCGACAUCUAGUUCAAAUGUUCCUCAAACUUGCUUAAUUCCAUCAUCAACAUCAUUGACUUGCAUAAAUGUAUCUCAAUUAACACAAACCUCGACCGUAUCUCCAACCCAACUACUUAGUAAUAAUACCAACGAUAAUUUAUCGAAUAACUUUGAAAAUGGUAUGCUGAUUACUAACAGUGAUAGUAAUAGCAGCGGUAGUAGUAGUAGUAUUAGUACCAUUACUACUAGUUGCAUCAGUAAUAUCAAUGAUGAUUUGAAUAUUGAUAAAAAAUCGCCUAGUCUUAAUAUUAACAAUUCAUCUGAGUCAAAUACUUCAGAAAGUACAAAUGCUGACGAAAAACGCAACGGUCUUCCACGUUUCAAUUUACGCUAUACUAAUGUACUCCAUUAUCCAAAAUAUUCCAGUCGUAAAAAUUCAGGCUUUGAAAGACGUCUUAAACAUACUGGACUAAUUUUAGAUGCAAAGUCAACUUUACGUUUACUAAGAAAAUUCUUACAACCAUUCGUUAAUCGUGACUUUGAUCAGCUUAUAAAAAAGUAUAUGGAUGAUUUCAUUCUACUGGCUGUGAAUAAUAUUCGUGAUGUAUUAGGUGAACAAUCUGUGUCUGAAAGUGAUUUGACUAAAUUUCGUCAAAGUUUAAUCCAUCGGGCCGUCGUACGUUAUUUCCCUGAACGUCCUCAGAGGGAUUUUAUCAAUCACCAGGGAACUAGAAGUAAUCCUUCUCCAAAAACUGGGGAUAACAAACCCGAAAAGCAAAGUAUUCAGAAAUCAGAUUUGAUUAUGCGGUCAAAAAUAAAUUCAUGUAGUGCUUUUCCUUCGAAAUGGGUAGAUUCGAAACUACAUUCACGUAUUCCAACUCCUGAUUCAUUAGAGUCAUCUUUGUCUUUUAAUAACUCUCCUCAACUUUCACCGAUACCUAGCUCAGAUCCGAUCAGUUUCGAUAAAUCUUUUCUGUCUACUAAUGAUAUUGCAAAUCCAACUGUUGAUAAAACCUUUCAAACUGUAUAUUCACCUCUACAUAAUUCAGUCGCCGGAGAUAAUCAAUCAAAUUAUAGUUUAAGAAAUAUCUCUAAUAAUUCAUCACUUAGAAAUGUACGUAAAAGAUUACAUUCAUCCAAUCGUUUGAAAAUUUCCCCGGUUUCCUAUGAUACAUCUACGUCUGACAAUAGUAAUAAUCUUUUAAUUAAUACUGAAUCAUUCACCGCCGCAGACUGUGAUAUUAAUGAUUUACAAGAAAAAUGUACCAGUUUACCAUUGUCUUCUCAUUCUCCGUCAUCAGCUUCAUCAAGCUCUACGGUUGGAUUUUUCCGUGAUCCAUUUAGUUCAGAUAGUGAAGGGACAUUAAUUGAUUCAUCAAAUAUCAAGUCAUCAGGACAAAGUAAUAAUACACAGAUCAAUAGAUCAUCAACUUAUGGACUUCAUUAUUCACCUGGUUUAUCAUCAACUAUAAAAAAUAAUUCCAAUGCUCCAAUUCAUAGACUAAAAUCAAAAUCAUCAAGAGGUCGUAAAACUCCAUGGUGGGAUAGAACACGUGGAAAAAAAUCCAAAUCCAAAGUUACUAAUAUUAGUAACAACACUCAAUACGAUAAACAUAAUGAAAAUUUAACAGAUGAGAAGAAUUCACUAGUUGAAAAUGAUUAUCGACAAUUUAUCAACACACUGUCCAAUCGGUCCGUUACUUCAUCUGUAAUUCAUGCUAGCAACAAUAUCAGUAAUGAUCUCCUGCAUAAUUCUGAUCAAAACAUCCACAACAACUAUAGUAAUGCACGUAAAAAUACAUCGUCACGCGUAUCUAGAAGAAAGUGCACUGCAAUAAAAAGCACUGUGAAUAAUUUUACCACCAAAAAUAGCAAUGUAACAAAGUUCACAUUUGAUCAAAAUACGCAUUUUGCGCUAGGCUCAUCAGCAAAUACAUGGCUUGGUAUGGGUACUGCACGUGGUCGUAUUUACAGUAAACAUCCAGAAUUAUUUCGUUAUAUUUGUGAUAAUGAAGAUAAAGCAUGGCUUGUUCAAACUGGUCUCAUUAUUAGUCAUGGUGUCAAAGCAUAUUUAGUUCAUGCUGAACAAGUACAUCAAAUUGCUACACAACAAAUUAAUUCACAUUCAUCAAAAGCUGAUAUAGAAAAACUAAAAACCUUUAAACUACCUUAUUGGUUUCUACAAAAAGUUAAAACUGUCGCAUCACGUCAUUCAUUUUUCGUUCAUGUUAUAUCAACUGAAGCAGAGUUCACGAAGAAGGAAACAGAAAAAAAUAAACAGAAUAAUUCUUCAUCAGUUGAUGGACCAUUUCCUUCUCCUUUUAUACAAUCAUCAUCUUCGUCAACAUCGUCUAUAUCCCGGCCAGAUAUUAGUCAAUCCAAAUCGGACAAUUCAAUCUCUUUGUCGAAUCCAAUGGAAAUCAAUCAUUAUACUAGUCAUAAUAUUACUACUAAUAUACCAUCAUCUAGAAAAAUCUUAAAUUCUCCAGUUAUAGUACCAUCCUCAUCACCAUCAUCAUUGUCGUUGGCUUCUUCUUCAUCUGUCACAUCUAAAUAUUCUUUGGCUGCAUCAUCAUCGAUGCAGGAGUAUCACGACACGGACAAUAAUCAAAACAGCAAUAAUAAUAAUAAUAAUAAUAAUAAUAAUAAUAAUAAUAAUAAUGUUCUAUUAAACCGUAAUUACAUCAAGUCAAAUUGGAAAUCAACCAAUUCUUAUUCAAAAACUAUGCCCAUCGACAACACUGAUCAGAAUAAUAAUAAUUUAGUAAAUACAAUUCAGUCACUUCCUAGUCCCAACCCACCAACAUUGGAACGUUUUGAUUAUACUACUAAUAGAUAAAUAGCUAGUAAUAUAUGUAUGCAUGAUUAAAAAUGUUCAGUUUUUUUUGCUUUCAAUUAAUACUUGGUCUUUCAGUUCAUUCGAUUGAUUUAUUUUUAUUCGUUCAUCCACUCACUCACUUGUUGCCAUUUCUUUUUCGAUCCUAGAAUAUUCCGUUUUUUCUCUCUCUCAAUAACUCCCCUUAUUUCAUUUCUUCUCAUUACGUGGUAAUUUACUUGUUGUUGAUAAUCCUUAAUAUUUUUUAUUCAUUAAGAUGAUAAAUUGUGUCUUGUUGUUGUUGUGGUGGUGGUGGUAGUUGUGAUUAUUAUUUCAUUUGUGCAUUUCAACAUAAACAAACAAACAGAUAACAAAAGAAAGUGAAUAAAAAAAAUAGACCUAUUUGAGAAGUUUCUUCCUUUGUCAAUGAAAUUGUCAUUUAACUCUCCUCUUUGUUCUUUGAAAUCCUAUUACGUUUUCUUUAUUUUUUCUUCGUGUAUGUGCAUGUGAAUGUAAUUGUUUUGUAUUAAAAAAAAGAAUAUUGUACAUACAAUAAACAUUAAAAUAUGGCUGUCUGUAUAUAUGUAUUUAAUAUUGUUACUGUAAUAAUGGCUGUGUACUAAUUAUUUUCAUAUUAUAUCAUCAUCUAUUAUUUUCACUGUUGUCUAGUGUUGAUUUCAUCCUAUUUCUUUUGUUCCCAUAUUAUUUUCCUUUUUAAUGAAGAAUAAUUCAGCUCAUUAUAUGUAUGUAUGGUUCUUUUCUUCUCUAUCUUUCUCAAGCUCAAUUUGAAUCAUUACAUAUUAUAAAUACACAUUUCUAUUUUUGAAUAAUCAGUAUUCGUUCAUAUAAAAUCGGUGCUGUUAUUUGCUUUAGUCACGCAGUUCAUACUUACUUAUAUACUACUACUUCUACGAUGUCUUUGUAUACUACCUCUUUUUAUUUUCUGAUACUAACAAUUCAUCAUUAUGCUUUGUUAUGUUUGUGCUGUGUGUACAUUUUUCUUUGACGGAUGGGUGUCUGUAUAACUCAUCUAUGGCUUCUGGUUCACUCAUUUAAAAUGUCAUGUUUUUUUUAUAAUAAAUAGUCAAGAUGUAUUGGUUCAUUAAUAAGUUUGACUGUGACAUCAAAUUGUUAUUACCUUUCAGUUGAAGAUGUCAUUCUCAUUCUUCGGUUUUCUAGUCUUAUCGACACUUGCUAUAGAUUUUAUGUAACUGACAUCAAAAUUUCGGUAAUUUAGGCCAUUCAGUAUUAAUAAUUUUAGGAAGGUUGUUAUAAAACGAUCUUGAUUUUAAAGUAAUGGAACUACUAUGACUUAUCUAAGUCUCAUCAAUUCGUAUUAAACACCGCUACACUUUUUUAAAUUUCCCAGUUUUCGAGCUAAGAUUGUUAACGUCAUUAUCACCAUUAAGGCACGUCAUUUUUCCUAUUGUAUCUAGUGUCACUUUCAAAGCAAUAUGAUGAAAAUUCACAUUUUGAUUUCACUCAGUUGUGCAUUUAUCAUUUAAGGUUAAUUCCCACAAUACUUUUCUGCGAUUAUAAGCAAGAAUAGUUUGUUUACUCAAGUGUUAAUUGUUUACGAUGCAAAUUUUUUUUUGAUUUAUAUGAUUCAUUUAUAUUCCUCCAACUGGGUCGAAUCAGAAAGAGAUGAACGACCCAUCCAUCUGUUUGUUUUAUCUUAUUGAGUUUAGUUGAAGUAAGCAAUUACACAUAUCCAAUAGAUUCGGUCCCAAUUAAUGUGAUUUAAUUUAUCUAAUGAAGAGCUGAAAGUGAGAUAGUAACUUAUUGCCUAAUGUAUUAGACUUUCAACCGCUAGUUGUUACGUUCGGACCCUGUCCCACCAACUGCAAUCUGAGCAUCUGUAUAGGAUUACCAGGUGUUGUAACUAAAGCCUCGUUGAAAGCUAAGGACAGGAAUUUUGUACAUUACAGUAUUGUGUUACAUACUACAGAAUUAUAUUACAUGUUUUGAAAAGUCUUUGAUUAGACAAUCAGAUAUUACCGCCGACAAAUAUUCAUAUUUUGUUAAGAAAUACCAUACCAGAAAUCCAUAUCGUAAAAUCUAUAAAAACCAAUUCGAAAAUUACUAUACUUAGAAGUAAUCUUGAAUUGCUUAACACACUUCAAUCUAUUAGCAAAUGUUCGUAGUGUUCAGUGUAUUAGUUAGUGAACUAAAUUGGUGUGUUGAUCAGGAAAUCUCUCAGUUUCAUGCAAGAUGCCUUCAUCAGUACGUAUUUCACAAAAAAGCAAAUGUUUAGUGUUAAUCAUCUUUGAGAAGUUAUAUGAGCUGUAAUUGGAUUAUUCUGUAACUGAAGUGUUUCUAAUUAAUCAUAUUUUAUCUAUAAAAUAAAUUUAUGAAUUUCCAAGUUUUACUGAUUAGAAUAAUCAAUACAAAGAGUUUAAUAAAAUACUCGUUAUGAUUUAUGUAUGUAUAAAUCAAGUUCAUAUUCAAUAGUUUGGAAGAAUUAACAAAACAAAAAUAUCCAAGGAAUACCUCGACAAAUUUUAUACACUUGGUUGCCUUCACAAAUUUGAACAAAAGAAGAAUGAGAAUAUUUGCAAAAUAUAAUGAAUUCAUUGUAUUUUAUUAGUUUCUCGUUAUCUACAUACAACCUAAUACAUUUAACUAUCUCCAAUUAUCGAUAUAACAUUCCAUUUAUUUAAAAUGUAAUUCUUAACUUCAAAGAGUUGGUAUUUAACUUCUAACUGUUUACAAUAGUUGGGCUGAUGAGUCAGUUGAAGCUAGACCACCAUGGAAAACCUGGAAGUACUGGACAGCCGUUUCGUUCUAUUAUGGGACCCCUCAGCAGCGCGCGGGAUUCUAACCCAGGACUUAACAGUCUCGCGCGCGAGCACUUAAACACUAGACCACUAAGCCGGCGUCCAAUGGUGUUAAUGCCUAACUUUAACUAAUCCACGAAAUUGAGUGAGUUAAUAUCUCACAACAGACCAGGUUGAACUCCACUGAUGGUCUAGCUUCGAUUGACUGAUGAUCUCAAGUAUUGAAACUAAUACAAUCUCCACAAAAGCCCUUCUAAUUCUAACUCUUUUGUUAACAGAAGUAAAUUAAACAUUUUGAUCCUUUUUCUCCAAAAUAAUUCUAACCACAAUCUAGUGAGUUAAAUAUACAGAUCCUUUGUUGUUGUUGUUUUCUUUCUGAACUUUUUAAAACAAUUUUUGUGAUAUUGCGUAACAUUCUAUUGAAUACUCUAAAAAAAUA